AUGCUGGUGGUUGUUGAAUUAUAUGAUUACCUCCUGGAGGAGGUGGAGGAACAGAAACACUCGAAGGUGGAGGAGGUGGUGGAACAUUCUUCCUAUUUAUACAAGCAGCAAUCAUCGAUGACGAUGGAGGAAGAGGAACAGUCGAUCCCGAAGGUGGUGGUGGAACAUUGUAGUCGGUUUUUUCCUUACUUUAAAAAAAUGAGCAAACAAUCAACGCCCCGAAGUGGUGGUGGCAGUAGUAGUAGUGGUUAUAAUUUAAUUAAUUCGGGUAACCCUAAUCAUUCAAUAUCGUCACCAUCGUUAGCAUCAUCCUCAUCAGCACUAAGGAGGAGUGGUGUGGAGAGUCCGGCAGGUUUGAGGUCACCUCCUGGUUCUGCCUUAUCGAGAAAGAGUCGUUCGUCGACUGUUCAUGUUUCUAGUAGUAGUAAUGGAAGUUUUCAAGAAAUGAUGAUGAAUGGAAGUGUUGUUGGUUCCGGCAGUGGCAGUGUUGGACAAAAGAGUAAAUUAACUGCAUCUAAUUUGAAUGCUCAUAAUGAACAAAUUGCUGAGGAUGAAAAGAUGCAAUCAAGGACAAAGAAAACAAGUUCGAUAAUGUCCCCUGGUUCUGUUGCUCCAUCGAGUAAUAGCAACAGUAGUAACAAUUCAAGAAAUAGAACCAACUCGGUAAUGUCCAAUACAAAUAGACAUAUUUAUCAUCCAAUUCCUUUGGAAUUGAGUUCUAGAAAUCUUUUAUAUUACCUUUACAAUACUCAAAAUGAAGAAGAGAAGGAGUUGAUGGAACAACAUUUUAUUGACUCGAAAUAUAUUGUUGCCAUUGGAGAUUUACAUGGACAUUUGAGUGCAUUGAAAUUGUUAAUGCUUAAAUUGGAAGAAGCUCUAGGAAAUGAUUUACAUCAAAAGUAUCAUUUAGUUUUUCUAGGAGAUUAUGUUGAUAGAGGACCUAAGAUUAAGGAGACAAUUGAAUAUUUAAUACAAUUGGAAAAGAGUAGAAAACCUGGAACUACUCACUUUUUGAUGGGAAAUCAUGACUUUGCAAUGGCAAUGUUUUUAGGACUGUUUGAUGAUCAAGUUAAAGAAGGAGAAUCACUAGGAUCAACCUGUAAGGGGUAUUUCAAAAAUUAUGAGUUAUGGAAAGGAAACGGAUCUGAACAUAUGCAUUUACAAGGAAGAAGAUGGGGACCUGGAUUUACCUAUUCCUCAUUUAACACAUUUUACAGUUAUUGUACAAAGGAUGGACGCAAGGACAAUGAUGUUAUUGGAGAUCGAGACCUUCUCCUUAGAAGGAUGCCAGAGUCUCACAAACAAUUCUUUAGGAAUAUGCCUUGGAUGCUGUACAAUGAGAAGAAUAUCUUUGUUCAUGGAGGGUUUCAAACAUCUUCAUCCCUCAAAGAGCAAAUGUUGCCACUCAUGAGAAGAGACAUCAUGGUUCCAAGGAUUAAGCCAAUCUCAGAAAGAAACUUUUCCAGUAUGGAUGGACAUGAAGAUUCAACUCGAAGAAUUGUCUCUGGCCACAUGCAAGUGGAUAGAGUUAAAGUUAGUCAAAAGAGAGCUCUAGUUGAUGUAAGUGGAGGACUUACUGGAGAAUUAGCUUGCGUAGUUCUUCCAUCCUGCAAGGUUAUCACAACUCAACCGCCAGUUGCAGCUCAUGAAGAAGAAGAAGAAUUCGACAGAUUAUUAAAUAGUGAUUAGGUCAUUAUC